AUGUCGUCGAAGACUAGCACGGCGACGUCGUCGUCGUCGACGGCGAUCAAGCCCGACGACUACUCCCACAGCCCAGUACACUUCGCCGUCGCAGUCGGCGACAACGCCACCCUCUCGAAGAUUGUCUCCUCCCUCCCCAAACUCACCGACCCGACUCAGAUCCACACCGAGUCCGACUCACUCGGUCAAGAGAAACUAGCGGAUUUGAUCACCGGUGUCCUCGAUCGCCGCGACAACCGCCACCGCGAGACUCCUCUCCACCUCGCAGUCCGCCUCAACGACGUCGUAUCAGUCCGUACGCUUUCCAUUGCCGGCGCUGAUAUCUCUCUCCAAAAUGCCGCCGGUUGGAACCCCUUACAGGAGGCCUUAAUUCGUCGUUGUGCGGACAUUGUUAAAAUUCUCGUUCAGCACCACCACAUCGCCGCCUGGUCGAAGUGGCGACGCCGUUUGCCGCGGGUUAUAGCCGUUCUUCGUCGAAUGCGAGAUUUCUACAUGGAAAUUUCAUUUCACUUUGAAAGCUCGAUUGUUCCAUUCGUUGGAAAAAUUGCUCCGUCCGACACCUAUAAGAUCUGGAAACGAGACGGAAACCUCCGAGCAGAUACUUCGUUAGCAGGCUACGACGGAUUGAAAAUUCAGCGCGCUAACCAAAGCUUCCUCUUCCUCGGCGAUGGCGAUUCCAAAUUUGACAUCCCUUCAGGUUCGUUGCUUGUAUUGAAUCACGAUGAUAAGAAAAUCUUUGAUGCUUUUGAAAAUGCUGGCGCUCCGCUGAGCGACUCCGAUAUUGCAAGCUUUUGCUCUCAAACUAGUGUUUAUCGUCCUGGAAUGGAUGUAACGAGAGCCGAAUUGGUUGGCCGUACGAAUUGGAGAAGGCAAGAGAAGAUAGAGGCUGUUGGAGAGUGGAAAGCUAGGGUUUACGAAGUACACAAUGUUGUGUUCAGUUUUCGAUCUCGGAAAAUCUCCAGCAAUGAAGGUGACGUCGCCGGAAGCGAGCAAAUUUUACCAUUAGAACUUGACGAGGACUCCGAAGAAGGUUUUAUCGUCGCAGAAAAUCCACGGUUCAGUGUCAGUGAUAACCGGCGGAGACAUAGUAGUUUUGUUAGAGAAGAGAGAGAGUUCGUUACAGUGUCAAGGAAGAGUGUGGACAUUGUGCCUGAGCCGAGGCGGAGAGCGCCGCCUUGUGCGGCCGCGAUACCAGUGGCGCCACCGCAUACAAAGGAGAAAGAGUAUGUUAAGAGUUUACGGCCGUCAGUGUGGCUAACGGAGCAAUUUCCGUUAAAAACGGAGGAGUUACUGCCAUUACUAGACAUUUUGGCGAACAAAGUGAAAGCUGUCAGACGGAUGAGGGAGCUAUUAACGACGACGUUUCCUCCAGGGACAUUUCCCGUUAAGGUGGCAAUACCGGUGGUUCCGACAGUUCGGGUGGUGAUAACGUUCACAAAGUUCGUUGAGCUUCAACCAAUCGAACAGUUUUACACACCACUCUCAAGCCCUCGGCAUUUUGGCCACGGACGAGGUGGGGAGGAUGAAACAGACACUAGUUACUUUUCACUGUCUUCGGCAUCCUCCUCGUCCUCGUGGUUGUCCCGGAGCAGUAGUCGGAAGCAACAUUGUAAUGGGGCACAACAAGUAGAUCCGUUUGCAAUACCCAGAGAAUACACAUGGAGUAGCUUUGAUGACAAAGGCAAGAAAAUGAAGAAAUCCAAGUCCACUAGGAGAAGCAAGUGAAAGAAAGAAAGAAGAGUGUCUACAGAUUCAAUAUGAUGAAGUGGUAUGUGUUUUUCAGGUGACAAAUACAGUUUGUAGAUAGAAGAAAUAUCUAAUUGUCGAUCAAAUGAGCAUUUCAAUGGGGUCAAGAGUGUAGUACUACUAUGUUGACUAAAAUUUUGCACUAUUUUUAACUGACCAAUUUCCUCUG